AGCCGGUAUCGAGAGGAGGGGGUAUACGGUCGGUCAGGACUGGAUUGCGUAGACUACAAUAUAAGGCUAACUUUAACAUGAAUAAAUAGGGGCUUAUAUUCAUCGUGUUUAAAAUAAGAAACAAAUAUUACUUGUAGAAAACGCCGACCAAACAGAGACAAACCCCUCCUCUCUCGUAGACUAUUUAUCUGUCGACGCAUCUAUUCUGCACAUUCUCCUAUGUUGUUCUAGGCGGAGGAAUGGAAAACUGCGUUCAAAUCCAUAUUUGUAGAUAAAUAAAUGGGUGAUUACGUUUUGGUUUAUUACAGACAGCGACCAUUGGACACCGCUCUACUCUCCUCGACGGACGCGCUCUAAGAUCGGCUCCUCCUCUUCUCCGGUUUCCAUCCGCCAGUUGCGCCCCGGCUCGCCCUUGGUCUCGCACAGUAGCGUCGCCGCCUUGUCCCCACUGUUCCUGUCAGUUGCUGCGCAUCAGCAAAACAUGCAGGAUGAGCCUGUGGGGGUGACAACCGAACAACGACCCCCGCCAACAGAGGAAAAGUAGUACAGCAAAACAACACAAUCAAUAAAACCGGGAUACAGCAACCAAAUGAAACCAACAACCAGCUGGGAGCCCUCACUUCCAACUACAACCACCUGAACCAGAAUCCAGAUUUUACCGAUUUUGGUCAAGAUCAUUUUUGCCCGACACAGUCUAUCUUUGACCUUCAGCACGACUGGAAAAUACAUCAGCUAGCUGAGUUUGGAUGCACUGAGURGCCCCUACCUCAAGGAAAAUUCAGUCACCUGCCGCUGAGGCAGCCUUUCACCGCUCAAGUCUCCACCAAACCCGAGUGCAGCACAGACUCCAGCCCCGGACGAAUCAGCGGCUCGCCAGUGUCGCCAGUGGGAGAGGUUGAAGCCGAUGUGGAGACUGCCGCGUCGCCAUCGCCCACUUCCGUAAAUCCAAACAAGGUUAAGAUCCAAAUGGACUCCCUCAUCACCCAUCAUAUAAAUAACGGCAAUGGCAGUGGCACCGGCAAUAUGUUGGCCGGAAGUCUAGGGGGCGGUUUUCCAAACCUCCAGAACCAAGAGAUGCAGAACCCGAGUGGCGGCUCAGCUUCACCUCCACUCCAUGGAUUCGGAACCCCGUGGUCGGUUCAGACCAGCUCCCCACCACCCGUCUCCAACUCGGCCAACCCUAUCCACCACGCAAACGCGAUUAAUCAGAUGGCUCAUACCGACCCAGACAACAGUUUUUAUCCUGGUAUCCCCUCCUCCAUCAACCCAGCCUUCUUCCAGAGUUUUUCUCCGGUGUCGGCUAAUCCGUGCCCCGGGAUUAACGUGCAGGGCUUCACCAGUCCGUUCUCGCACCAGAUCAACGCCCCUCAGCAGACGCAGCAGAGCCGCCGGUCCCCAGUCAGCCCCCAGAUGCACCCCCAGCACCAGCAAGGCGUCUUCCUGCAGCAGAGGAACAACUACAACCAUCACCACCAGCCGAUGGUGAAGCAAUCUCCCUGGGGGGGCAGUCACCAGGGGAGUGGUUGGAGUUCUGGUGGUAUGUCCUGGGGUCGGGACCACCGUCGUGGUGGAGGCAUGGGCAUCCCGGGCUCUGUCAGCCAGGUUUCCCCCAUGAAGAAGCCCUUCUCCAGUAACGUCAUUGCACCUCCCAAGUUCCCCCGCUCCGCCGGCUCCAUGGGCCCCAAGUCCUGGAUGGAGGAGAACAUGUUCCGAACAGACAGUAACAGUAACACGCUUAUGCCUCUCCAGGAUCGAUCUAGAAUGUACGACAGUCUAAACAUGCACUCACUGGAAAGCUCUCUGAUUGACAUCAUGCGGGCGGAGCAGGAUCCAAUGAAGGGCCGUGUGGGAUGCCCUCACCCCGGAGCCGACGGCCUGCUCAUGCUCAAUGCAAGGAGCUAUGGGAGACGUCGAGGCCGCUCGUCCCUGUUCCCCAUUGAAGACAGCCUCCUUGAUGACGGGCACGGUAACCAGGGCGUCCAAGGGCUUGACACUAACUGUUACCCCCACCCAAACGGGGAGCGCAUUGAGCGUUUCUCCCGCAAAGUGUUUGUGGGCGGCCUGCCCCCUGACAUAGAUGAAGAUGAGAUCACCAACAGUUUCCGUCGCUUUGGCCACCUGGUGGUGGACUGGCCACACAAGGCUGAGAGCAAAUCCUACUUCCCCCCGAAAGGUUACGCCUURCUGCUGUUCCAGGAGGAGAGCUCAGUGCAGGCUCUGAUCGAGGCCUGCAUGGAGGAGGACGGCAAGCUCUACCUCUGUGUCUCCAGCCCCACCAUCAAAGACAAGCCUGUCCAGAUUCGUCCAUGGAACCUGAGUGACAGUGACUUUGUGAUGGAUGGCUCUCAGGCUCUGGAUCCUCGAAAGACCAUCUUCGUAGGAGGCGUUCCCCGCCCUCUCAGAGCAGUGGAGUUGGCCAUGAUUAUGGACCGUCUCUAUGGGGGGGUCUGCUACGCUGGCAUCGACACCGAUCCAGAGCUCAAGUACCCAAAAGGGGCGGGGCGCGUGGCCUUCUCCAAUCAGCAGAGUUACAUCGCUGCUAUCAGCGCCAGAUUCGUCCAGCUGCAACAUGGAGACAUUGACAAGCGGGUGGAGGUGAAGCCCUAUGUUCUGGAUGAUCAGCUUUGUGAUGAGUGCCAGGGGGCACGUUGUGGGGGGAAGUUUGCCCCUUUCUUCUGCGCCAACGUGACCUGCCUGCAGUACUACUGUGAGUUCUGCUGGGCUAACAUCCACUCCCGCGCCGGCCGAGAGUUCCACAAGCCGCUGGUCAAAGAGGGUGCUGACCGCCCAAGGCAGAUUCACUUCCGCUGGAACUGAAGAGAAACGCGAUCAUAUGUCACUAUGGAAACAUGGUCAGAAGCAACAGUCAAGGAUGAGAGACAUCGCCAGGCAGGAAAAAGUGNCAU